UGCGGGAGCUGCGCCCAAGGUGAAUGCAGCAUGGUGGUAGCCCCCAGUCCUCAGGAUCCCCCAGCACACAUUAAGGCAGCCAAAGGGCAUUCCUUCUCCUCCCCCUCCUCCUACCAUCCCACUGGGGAUCUGCUGCAGGACCCCAGGUCGAUGUGCUGCAUUGGCAUUUGCCGAGGUUGCACUUCAGUUCAGGUGCUGGCUUGCGCCCUAGGAGAUGCAGGGUGGCUGAAGCAGCUGGUACCAGCAUUGCAGGACACAGCACCACAGCAGCCCAGGACUGGAACACAUCUGCACCUCGGGGACACCACACGGUGUUCCCAUGGCAUGUCAGCACCCUGGUGGGGAGGAGGGAGAGAGCGGUUGUGUCUCUUCAGGCUUCAUGCAUCAGCAGGAAUGGCCUGGACAGAGGAGGGAAACAGUGUGGCAUCCAGAGCCCCCAGCGCUGCUCAGGCACCGCCUCCAUCAGGCACAUGCCCUGUGCCCCAUCCACAGCCCCGUGGCCACCUCCAGCAAGGGCACAGCUGGGCACAGCAGUCUCCAUCCUCAUCACCAGCUGAACCGCUCUGGGGAGCAGGGGGUUAACAGCCCCUCAGUGCCCAGCAGCCACAGCGGCCAAAUGAGCUUUUUUGCUGCCCUAAUGGAAACCAAUUCCCCAGCCCCGCUCUCCGCUUCCCACUGAAGAGCCCAGGAGCUGGCAAUGACAUUCCUGAGCGUCCUUCACCGCAUGGCUGCCCCUACUAAUAGCACCCUUUCCUCCGCAGGGAUCCCUGGGCUCAGCCUCCCCUCAUGGAUGGCCGUGCCAGGGGGUCCCCGCCAGCUCACCAAGGGCUGACCGGGACAAAGGCGGCGUGUGGGAGGUCAGCGCGGCGCAGCGGCUGCCGCUGUCGAAGGAGGAGCAGAGGCUGCGCACGGCCGAGGGUCUCUGAAGCGAUCCCCUGGGAUGAGCACCCGCACCGCCCUGCCCACCGCAACACGCGAGGGAGGGACGCGCCGAGCCGCCCGGCCACCGCGGCCACCACUCCCCGCUCCGGGACCAAUGGGCUCCCGCCCAGCCCCCACGCUGCGCAUCGCCAGCACGUAAGUAGGGGCGAGCGGGCGGCCGCCGGGAGAUGCUACCCGGGAAGCGGCCGGGCACGGGGAUGCGCGGUGCCGAACCCUGAGAAACUUGGCGCUCCGGGGACGAGCGGCGCUGGGAGGCGUUGGGUGAGCACCGGAGCAUCGCGGCACCCCGUGCUGGAUGCGGUCCCCCCGCAACGCGUAGCGCUGCGCGAGGGGCCAUGCCGCUCCUAAGCUCCGCUCCAGCCCCGUGGCUGCGGUCGGGCUCUGCCGGCACCCGGUAAGGGCAGCGCGGCCCCGCUGAGCCCCACCGCCUCGGGCUGCCGAAAAACGCCAUGGCCCCGUGGGCGCCCGCGGAGCUGUGGCUGCUGCUGCUGCUCCAGCUGUGUCCCGCGCGCACCUCGCCGCCCCGCAGCUGCCCCCCCGCCUGUAUCUGCACCUCCGACCUGCUGAGCUGCAGCCGGCAGACCCUGCAGCGCGUGCCCCGUGCGCUGCCCCCCACCGCCACCACGCUGGACCUGAGUCACAACGCGCUGAGCCAGCUGCAGGACGGCUGGCUGGCCGCGCUGCCGCACCUCGAGGCUCUGCACGUCGGCCACAACCAGAUCGGCGAGCUGUCCCCGCGUGCCUUCCACAACGCGUCCCGUCUGCGGCACCUCGACAUGUCCUCCAACCGCCUGCGCGCCGUCGAGACGCACUACUUCGAGGAGCUGGUGAGCCUGGAGGAGCUCCUGCUCUACAACAACCGCAUCGCGCGGGUGGACGAGAACGCCUUCGCCAAGCUGAGCGGGCUGAGGAAGGUGUACCUGAGCUGGAACAACCUCACCUCCUUUCCCUUCCAUGCGGUGCAGGGCCUGGGCAACUUCAGCCUGCGCACGCUGGACCUGUCCUCCAACAGCCUGAGCAGCCUGCCUGUGGAGGAGCUGGCGGCGCUGCCUGAGCACGUCCGCAACGGCCUCUACCUGCACAACAACCCCGUGCGCUGCAGCUGCCCGCUCUACCUGAUGCUGCAGCGCUGGAGGCAGCGGGGUUUCAGCUCGGUGAGGGAUUUCUUCGAGGAGCACACCUGCAAGGUAUCCGAUGCCGUGCCGCGCUCCCUGAUCAAGCUCCUCAAGUACAGUCACCUGUUUGAGAACUGCUCGGCCGAGCCAGACCCCGCGCAGCCCGUGCCCUUCCCGGUGACGGUGGGCCGGGUGCUGCUGCUGGGCUGCAACGCCAGCCUGCCCCACGUCGCCUACAUGUGGAUCUCCCCACACCACGAGCCCAUUUGGCCCCCAGGCAACGCCAACCGCUCCGUCGAGGUGUUCCACAACGGCAGCUUGCGUAUUGCAUCCGCCCGGCCCUGGCACUCCGGGAUCUACGUCUGCUUGGCCAUCAACGGCCCCCGCAACGUCAGUCGGCUGUGCGAGGUCAACGUGACGGUGCAUUACUCCAAGCCAGAUGGGGAGGCGUUCAGCACCGGCCUGACCACGCUGCUGGGCUGCAUCGUCAGCCUGCUGCUGGUGCUCGUCUACCUGUUUGUGACGCCGUGCCGCUGCCCGCCGUGCUGCAGGACGGCCCCUCCAAGCCCCCCGCAGGAGUGCAGCGCACAGUCCUCCAUCCUCAGUGCCACGCCGCCCACCACUGAUGGGCCCAGCCGCAGGGCCAGCAAGCACGUGGCCUUCCUGGAGCCUGCCCGCGAGGUGCUGGAUGGCAAGGAGCGCCCGGUGCCCGGUGAGGGCCUCCCCGAUGGCAGGCACCCCAAGGUGCUGCAGCUGCGCUCAGACACCGAGUCCAUCAGCUCCGUCUUUUCAGACACCCCCAUCGUGUCGUAGUGGGGCUGAGCUGUUCUGCUCAGAGCAUCGCUGAGCCCCAGCGUUCAGCCUGACUACGGGGGGGAUGGGAGGGGGGAGAGGGGGCAGGUUCAAGCACCGCUUGCACCGCUUCAGCCGCUGACACAAGGGCAACACGAUGGAUUCAGCACGCCUGCAAUCCCUGUUUUGUCCAGGCAGCAGUGGCUGUGGCCAUGGGUGUGCAAGAUCCAGCCCAGUGCUCCCAACCCAAUCCCCCCAGUGCUGUCCUCAGGGGCUCUCAGGGAUGGCCAUGCCACUGUCCCCAGCCACUUGGAGUGGAGGGAGCACUGUCCUGUGGCCCCACACAUCCACUGGGGGACCUCGUGGCAAAGAGGAGGCUCAGCACCCAGCCAAGCAAACAUCGCAUGUUUUUGCCUCUGAAUAACCCCGAAGCUGUACAUAGUGAUGUCGGGCACCAGGAGGUGACUGACGCAGCGCUGCUUGCAGCUCCCCGUGCCACCAAGGACGCUGAGGUCUCCCGCAUUGCCCGUGCUCACUGCUUCUCCUUGAGAUGGACGUGCGCUGCUCGAGCACAGCUAUUGAGGCAGUAAUCUAAUGAGCCUGUCGAUAAAUGUGAGUAAUGCUCUCCUCUCUCGGGCCAUCACUCUCCAGUUACAUUUGAAUUAAAAAUGCCUAUUUUUUUAAGCUCAUGCUGGGCUGCGUGUCUCCUUGUCCUCACAACAGGGCGGUUGGGCUGGGGGCUGCAGGACCCCCAUGAUCUGUGUGGGGCUGGUGUGACAUGCUGUGUUGAGGGCUGGGCUGGGGAUGGGGGAACCUCUGAUCACUUGUCCCCAGGAGGUAACAUCUGUGAGGUGGGGAGGGGGCAGCAGCAGUGGCACACAGCACAUUCAGAAACCAGCAGCAUUCAGAGGGGUGGGAGAGUUGCUUGCUCGGGAGCAGCUGACCCUGACACUAGGGACUGGGGGGAACCACAGAGGGACAUGGGGCCAAGCAGAGGGACACAACCACCUCUGCACGGUCGCCAUGAGAGAAUGCAGCUCUCGCCCAUCCUUCUACUCUUCCAGCACAGACACAAGCAGCUUAUUUCCAGCACAAAGUCAGCCCUGCCCAAAGCGCUCAGGCUCGCCACCUGAAACCGACCUUGUGCAGCCCCGUGCCAUCAGCCCUGCAGCCACUGCUUGGCGAGGGAUGGGGACUGACAGCUGCUGCUGGCCCUGCCUCACUGCCUGCACCCGCUGUCCCCUUGUGUUAGCACAGCACUGCUAAUGAGCCCGGGAUGCUGAGCGGCCAUAUCAGCUGCUGCUGGGGCUGGGGAGUUGCGGUGGUACCGUCCCCUGGCUCUGCUCCCAUGCAGGGAUCCCACCAAGGGGGAUAUGGGUUUGCCCUUUAUAAUGGGAAUCCUACCCCCCUGCUUUUGCGUUGAGCAAAGCCAUUCCCUGCUGAGGAAUCUGGUUGCUGCACUAUGGCAGCAUGCUGAUGUUUCACCUCAGAUUCUGGAAAAGCAUUCCAGAGAGGUGAUGAAGUGAGGGGAUGGUACCAUCCACCCCAAAGCAAGGGGCCUGCUGCUCCCUGCAGCUGCCCAACCCCAUCCCACAAUGCCGUGGAUGUGGCUGUUCCAGUGCCUGUCACAAGGGCUCCUUGUUUCCCAGGAAAACCCCAUUGCAGUGUGUCACACUGUUCUGGUGCCAGGAAAGGACUCGGCCCCAUAGUGCUGCUCCAGAGAGGUGCUGUAACGCUCAGAGCAGUCCCUCAAGCAGCUUGAAUGGCAAAUCUCAGCCAGGGAAAGCACAGCCGUGAGCAUGGCCUCCCUAACAGGCAGGGCUGGAAAUACAGCAGAUGGUCUCCAUCACCACCAUCCCCUCCUGGCAGCCACCUGUAAUCACUCUGGCCUGGCUGGCUGCCACGCCAUGGGUUGGCACACAGCACAGCAACACGGGUGUGAGGGGACCAAGGAUCGUCUGUUCCCCACGCUCCACAUCUUGGUUCUCUCCUACCUCCCACCCUGGGGCUGGUUGCACCUGGGCCCCUCCCUUACCACGCUCUUGGACUUCCAAAGAAACACAGGCAGCAAAGCUCGGAGCCCCAACCUGUGCCAUCCCCACAGGGCACUGCAGACCCCAGCCUGUGUAUGCCCUGCUCAGGGAGCAGUGAGUGAAGCAGUCCAUAGCCAGGUGACCACCCUCUGUCCUCCCCCUCUUCUGGGUGGCACUCCCUGGGAGCCCCCCAGAAGGCUCCACCACAGCUGUGCUGCCAACAAAUGCACCGAACUCCUGAACACAUCCCAGCCCUCCCAACCAGAGCCCCACUGCCACCAAGUGUGUCCCCUCACACACAGACACCUGCGGAGAACCUUCAGGCACUGCCCUUUCCCCCAUCACUCGCUCUCAUCAGGAUCAUUACACAAGAUCUGGCCAACUUGGCUCCAUUAGCUCACUCCAAAGGAGGCUUAAUAGAAAAUCUGCUCAAUUAUUUAGCAGACAAACAGGGGGAUGAUACUGGCUGAAGGCUGCCCGGGUCCUUGGCAUGGUCCCAGUGAUUCAGAGCAGCUCCAGGCUCAGCUCCCACCUUCCCUCUCUUCCCCAUAAAAGAAAGGCAUGGUCAUUAGGGCCUGGCAAAGCACGGAGCACACGGGCAUCCCGUUAGCACUGGGAGCACCAUCAGUGAUGCUGCUGCCCCCUCUCUGUUGUGGGGACUGGAAUUGCUGCAGACUGGAACUGCUGCAGACCCCACUAUGAGCUGGCAGGCUCUAUCCUGCACCCUGCCCAUCAGGAGUGAGCUGAGGAUGAAAGUCGUCAGGCUCUGCUCUUGCCCAGGCUAGCAGCUCUUGGAGGAUGCUCAGGUACCACCACACAGUUUUCCUCCUUACCCUGCUGCCAGUGCCAGGACUGGCUGGCCAGGCUUUGGGGCUCAGCGGAGCGGGUGCUGGGCUGAGUGCUGCCUCACUGCAAGGAGCACAGCCAUCCCCACAGAACUAAGGAGUGCAUUUCGGACUAACACACACCAUGUAUCAAUUGUCUCCUCACAUCCCAGCCCGGGCAAUGUUCCCUAUUCCUGUGCUUAAUGGCCCUUUUUGUGCCAGGAGGCCGUAAUAGGAGGACUUGAUGCCUGGCUGAGCCUAUCGUGCUGGACAGCACAGCUGAGGCAUCAGACCACUUCCUGCUGCACCCAGGGAACUGUGCAGAGCCCUGCUCUCCCUGCUGUGUGUGCUGUCCCAGAGCAAAGCCCCCAGCACCUGGUGCAGGGUCAGCUCACAGACUCAAGCAAGGAGGUCACAGGAGGUCCUCCUGCCCUUUGUCCUCACCUUCCAGGGCAGAGCUCUCUGCAGGGAAGCCAGCAGGUUAACAGCUAGUUCUGGGUAAUUCCUAUGGAGAGGUUCCUCUGAGCAAAUUCAUGUGGUGUAAUUGCUCUGCUAACGAUUUCUGAAAAUCUGGAAGGUGCCAAAUGGGACCUGGAAUAAAUUUCUUCCUACUUCUACCUCCAGGUGGUGCUUCUGCAGAAGGGGAAUGUCCAUCCUGUUACCUGCUUGCCCCACUGAGAGCAAGCAAAAAAGAGAAAAGGAGGGCUGUCUCCUCUUGGGUUCAUGUAAACGGGUUCGACAGCCUGAACCUGGGGAUGGGAUCCUUGCUGCUGGCUCUCUGCAGCAAUACAACCCACAGCAGCCAUCUCCUGUGGGACAGAACCAACCCGAUAAAGGUUUAAUUCUCCUUUUUCACUCCAAGAAGCAUCCUCUUGCUCACGUCCUUGGAAAAGGACACCUCCCCAUGCCUGCUCUGUGCUGGCUGCUGCUGAGCUGUGCCACCUCUCUGCAUUAGGGUGACUGUGGGCAGAGAUCUCAAUAGGGCCAUGCUCAGUCCUGCUGCACCUCCUGGUCCUGCAGCCCUGUCUGCUGGUUCUGAAUGUGCUGUGCUGAGCAGAACCACCCUGUAGGCAGGGCACAGCCCUCUUCACCAACUCAGAGCUGGCAAGAAGUGAGUGCUCAGCUCUCCUUCCCUGAGAGUUAUCUGCCCACUGUCACACAAUUGGUACCAGCAGGCUGCCCACCCCCUGCUCUGGGACCAAGGAUGCCUUUGGGAUGCUCAGCCUUGGUACUUCUAUGUCUUGUUUGACCUGAGCAACCUCCCUGCAAAGCCUGCCUGCCUUUUAUAGAUCAGUGGCGUAUCAAAUCUCAGAAUUAUUGCUGGGCUUUGCAAAAUAAUGCAGAAGCAUUUUGUUUUAGAGAAAAUUUUCCUGGGCUUCCUCCUGUCUCACCUUGUGCCUCUCCCACUCAGCCAAUCCCCCCAUAAGGACACAAUGCUUUCUUGCAUCAUUCCCCUGCUUAUUUACCUCUGCUUUCCAGUGUUCAAGGAGGUGGCUGCAAAGCCCUGAUAAACAGCCUCAGACUCUCCACUUCCCAGCUGCACAACGGGGUACAGCACUUCUGGUUUGUCACUGUCCUAGCUGCUGUGGGCACCGUUCACACAUGGGGGACAGUGCCAUUCAGCAACUGUAACAGCAGCUGCCUGGCUGUCACCAACCCAAAGCACAAUUGGCUUUCCAGGCAGGGGAGAUGCAGGCUGGGAGCUGCAGGUUCCAACCCACACCCUGCUUCCUAAGUUCGCUGGGCUUGAGGGCAGAGAAACAGCUUUUAGCUCUAGGACAGAUGUUUUAGGGACAGGGAAUGGGGGGAGCCUUCUCACCCUGCCAGGCACACGGGGAACUGCUUGACACCCCUCCUUUCCCUCCAGGAGGAAGGAACCAGUUGUGGUGUCAAAUUUAUGAUGUUUGCCCUUUUCAUGCAGCAGGAUUCUGGGGAAGAGCGAAACACACCCACACCCAGAGUCCAGAAAGGCCACUGCCAGCGACUCUGCACUGAGCACUUGGCACUGUCACCCCUGGGGCUGUGUGACUGGUGCAGCAGCCAUGGGAGCAGGAUAUAAUUAGAUGUAUUUGUGUACAUCUUUGAGUCCUUGAGAGAAGAAGCAGAAAGACUGUCUGCAUGGCUGAGCUGCGUGGCCAGAUGGGGCUCUGCUCUGCGCACAGCCAGGGAUUGUCAUGUUCUCUAAAGCAAGACGUGCAGGGCAGACAUAAGAGCCCUUUCCUACAGCAUCCUACAGGGCACGGUGGCAGGGCAGUACUGGGAGAGAGCAGAACCAGGCUGCAGAAGACAUCAGGAUGAGCCUGUUUGCAGAGGCACACACAAGCAGGCACUGGCACACACAA